CCUCUCUGUCGGUCCCCUCCUCUGCACACGCCUCUCUCGUUAGUCCCCCUUCCAGACCCCGUCUUGCUCCGCAAGUUUUUCCGCCCAUGAGCCCCUCGCCGGCGCCCCCAGUCCUGUAAAAGCCCCUUCCCCGGGUCCCCGUCUCGACCACCAGGUUCUCCAGAAGACAAUACUCCAAUUCUCUGGGAAGUGGAAGAAACCAAGCCGGGACUAGGGGGGCGCUGGGACCCCCGUUGGGGCUUUGAGAGCUUCUAAUUGUCGAGUUAUCGCCUAAGUAUUCAGAGACAUUUUCUUCAACUUCGUGUGGUGCCCCCAAACCCUUCCCUGCUAUGGUUGCGGGGGUGUCUGGUCCCAGCUUAGAUCAGUGGGCAAACUGGGUCCCCCCACACAUAGGGAAAAGAGUUGGAGGGGCCCGCCCCGUGAUGUCACCCCCACUCCCCCACCCUCACACACACACCCUGUCCCCUUCCUCCACCCCCUAGGCUGAUUGCAUUUAGCUCUCAGGGCUUGGGCUACGACUUGCAAGAGUUUAGGGGGGCAACGAACAGAGUGGCCCUGGGGGUGCCCACGCCCGACAGCCGCCCCGACGCCUAGGACCUCCGGGCAAGGAUGCAGCAGGGGGGUUAGGGAAGCACUUCUACCCCCUCCUCUCCUGAGUCCUGGCAGGGUGGUUUCCCAACCCCCUCAAGACAUUCAUGGAUGGAUGAGAGGAGCUGACACUGACCUUCCCCUCUGUGAUCACCUUUUCUUCGGCCAUGGAGGAAGCCUUGCUGCCCCUGGCCAUGACCUCUGACCCCAGGCCCUUUAAUCAACAACUCCCAGAGCCUCCAGACCCAAGAUGUGUCUUGGAACCCCAGGACAAUCCUGAACUGGCACCCGCCCUGGUGUGUGCUCUUUGCUGCUGCUUUGGAAUCAUCUACUGCUGCUUCGGCUACCGCUGCUUCAAGGCAGUAAUGUUUCUCUCGGGCCUGCUGUCAGGAGCUCUGGUGAUCUUCCUGCUGUGCCACAAGGAACGAGUGCUAGAGACACAGCUGAGCCUGGAGGUGAGCGCGGGCAUUGCGCUAGGCAUCGGACUCCUCUGUGGCCUGGUCACCAUGUUGGUUCGCAGCGUUGGGCUCUUCCUGACUGGUCUCCUGCUAGGCCUAACCCUGGGUGCCGGGGCCCUGCUGGGCACAGAGCCCAUCUACCAACCACCUUCAGCCUGGGUGCCAGCUGGGGGGCUGGUGGGGCUGGCACUGCUGGGAGCCCUGCUCACGCUUCGGUGGCCACGUCCAUUCACAGUUCUGGGCACGGCCCUGCUGGGUGCUGCGGUGCUGGUGGCCUGUGCUGACUACUUCCUAGAGGGGCUGGCACUGGGCAGUCGGCUGGGCCAACGCUUGCAGGCACUUCCAGCCUUGCCUCCUCUCUGCUGGUAUAGCUGGGUCUUGCUGGGCACCUGGCCAGCCCUGGGGGCCCUUGGGGCCCUGGCCCAGUGGAAGCUCAUGGAUGAGGAACAUGGAGGCCACGCCAAUGCAGUGGUCUUGAGCCACCAGCGAAGGCAUCUUCAACUCCUUCGGAUCCGCCAGCAAGAGGCCAAGUGGCACCGAACAUCCCCUGGGGUGGGGCUCUGUGAGGGCAGUUACCGGCGCCAGCUCCCCCACAACGGCCGGAGCCCUGCUGAUAGUCUGGCUCCUAGUUAUCUCCAGAGCCUUCGAGAACGCCAACUGGGACCAGGCACCCGGGCCACAGCCCCCCACACCAUCCUGGACUUGGAUUCUGACUGUGGUUCCACUGUACCCCUCACCACACCUUCUGGUUCCACCCAUACCUGAGCCUAAACCUCCACUGAGGCUUCCACCCCAGCAAGAGCCUGGGAACACCCAAAUGUGCAAGGCCUGAGCCCACAGGACACACACACAAACUUCCCCACCUCUCAGAUUGGGGAUAGAAUCUGUACUCCAACCCAGACCAACCCUGUAGGGAUAUGUUUCAGGGACAGGUAAAGGAGAAUCUUGUGGGGAGGGGAGAAGAAUGGAAGUAGGAGAACCUACCUCUUCCAAAAAUAGAGGUGCCCUGGUCCCUAAAGUAACUGACUUUCUAAUUCCCUUUAAACCAAGGAGAGCCCUUACCCAAAUAGCCUUUUAUAUAUACUUGCCUUGGUAUGCCUCACAAUGGUAAAAUAAAGAGUUUUGUUGUUUUCGGACCUAUUGAAAAUCAGGAAGCCCACUAAAGCACUUGAUAGCUUUUUGAUGGGGAGAAGGACACAGAGGAACUCUAGGAUCACCUAAUCCCUAGGCCUCUCUCAUUAAAAGGUAGUUGGCUUCCUGGUUAGCCUUUACUCCCGAGUCCCAUAGGCUCAAGCCUCCUUCUCCUACCUCAGUUGGGAGUACUGUCCAUGGUGCUUCCUUUUCCCUCCUUAAUGUAGGGAAGACGAUGGGGCAAUGUAUGGAACAGCACCUGCCUCCCCCAAAAGCUGGCUAUUUGCCCCAAGGAGAAAGCAUUGGCCCACAUGCCAGAGUCCUGCCCUUUUGCCCAAAGUAGCCUGGUCUUCAAGGCUGCACAGGAGACAAGUGCCUUCUCUGCUUCUCAUUGUAGGUGAUGCUAAUCUCCUUAACUAGAACUUUGUCCCACCCACUAACCCAUUCUAACUCUCCCUCCUCUGAUUCUCCCGCUCAAAGUCUGUUCCCUGGUUCCCCAGACAGCAUGAAGGAAGAUACAUUCCUCCCCUGGGCAACAAAGCUAGGAUGGGAGGGAAGAAGAAUAUGGGAGCACGUGAAUAAAAUGGCAUUGAACACUGAA